AUGAGAGAAUUCUAUCAGGAGAAAAAGCAGUCAGAAAAGUCGAGGUUGGAGCAGGACUGGAAGGAGUUGGAGAUGAGAGAGUCCGAGAGUCCACAGGAUUGCAUUGCCCGCUCAGAGGCCCUUCGCCUGCGUCUCGCAUCUGUAGGCACGAUUAAGGAUGAAACAGAUGCCAACAUAGACAUUGCUCGGGGCCUUCCCCCUUCGUUGUAUGCCGUGCAAAAAGGAAUAUUGCUUGCCUAUGAUGUCCUGACGUUGCAUGCCCUUGAGACUGUGGCGCGAGGUGGAGCUCGCUCUNCGGCGGGGGAAGUGGGGGGGCAUCCGGGGGUCAAGACGGCGGUCAGGCAGCAGCUGGAGGCCAAAAUCGUGACGGAGAGAAGAAAAUUAGUGACGUGUUCAACGACGACCCCGGCGGAUUUUGCCGCUACCACAAGUUCGAGCUUCACACCAACGAGCAGUGUCGUCCCCAGCAGCAACUGCGGCGCUCGCGUUCGAGAGAGGGAGCCGAGGAACGCCGCUCGGGCGGCGGCAGCCGCGGUGGCGGCGGUAGCCAGCGAGGGGGUAGACCGCCGCCGGGGCCAGGCCGCGGUGGCGGCCGAUGGGAUAGGAGUGACGAUUGGAGUAGAGGCUGCUGCGUCUGCUUCGUCUUUGCUGAGUGUGGACUCUAGUGAGGGGCCGCCUGGUAGCGAGAGAUGGGUAGCUGACUCAGGAGCCAGCAACAGUUUCACCGACAGCAGCCUACACAUGUAUGACCUGCAAGCGAUCCCCGCCAGUAGGAAGUAUGUCGUUGUAGGUGAUGGUCGAAUGCUAGAGGUGCAAGCCAUCGGUAGUAUUAAUCUUAGUUUCUUUCAGGAGGAUGAGAAUGGCGAGAAAACAACGAUGUGUGUGAAGCUCACUGACGUGUCUGCUGUAGAGAGCCUGAGUUUUAACUUGUUCUCAACGCAUGCUGUUUCUCUGAAGCAACCAAUCCUCUACGACGAACGUGGUGCAACCCAACAAAAUGGACUGCUCUUUGCUAGAGAGGAAAAAGCGUCUGCAGCGUAUGCCAUGCGGUUACCGUACGACCCAUCUGCGACUAUUGUAGACCCUGCUGCUUUGCCCGCAUUCGUGACUGCCCCCGAUUCCGCCCCCGCCUCCGUUGACAUCAACCGCUUCCACCGCUCCCUUGCCCACGCUUGCGAGCCUCUUUUGAGAGAAACUGCCCAGCAGAGAGGCAUCGUGCUCACCGGCAAGCUGGAACCGUGCACGGACUGCAUGAAGGCGAAGGGCAGGCGAGCGUCGGUGCCGCGGGGGCCGGGAGCGAGGGCGUCCAAGCCUCUCGGGCGUGUUCACCUGGACCUGUGUGGACCGCUGGUGCCUUCCCUGGGCGGCAACCUCUACCUGUUCGUCGCCGUGGACAGCGCCUCGCGGUGGAACAAGGUCUACGGUCUCCGGCGGAAGUCCGACGCGCUGGCGGCAACGAAAAGGCUGCUGGCGGACGUGGGGCGGUACGACCUCGGGCGCGUCGAGUGUUUCCGCGUCGAUAACGGCACCGAGUGGACCCGCGGCGACUUCCGGCGCUUCUGCGACGACAACGGCAUCGGCGUCGAGUUCACACCUCCUGGCUCGGCGACCAAGGCCAACCCCGGGCGGCGCUCGCCGCACGAGAUGUUCAACGGCGAGCAGGGGCCUUUCCUCGUGCUGCCGUUCUUCCAGCCCGGCUUCAUACGUGAGGAUCGUCGCACCAAGCUCGACGACCAGGCCAUCCUCUGCUACUACCUGAACGGCGGCGACAACCACCCGAGCGGCACCGUCAAGGUCCUCAAGGCGUCCACCGGCCGCGUCGUCUACACCAACAACGUGUCAUGGGUGACGUCGGCGCCAGCCGGCGAGGAGGGUUCCACUGGUAUCACCGCUGCGCCGACACCCCCCCCGUUCACGCCGCCGGUCGUCUCGAUCAACUUUGGCCCAGCACCGACGCCUUCGACCGCAGCACCGCCGCUGCCAGCGCCCACGCCGUCGCCUGCUCCCGCUGCCGCUGCCGCUUCGCUUCCUGCCGCAACGCCGUCGCCAGCGACCACGCCGCCGCCCGCUCCCACGCCUUCACAACCGCCCUCUGCCACUUCGCCGUCACCGUCGGCGACCCCCGCUCCUGGCCAGCUGUCCUCUUCUUCUUCGCUGUCACCGUCGGCGACCCCAGAUCCAGACCAGCCGCCGCCGNCCACGCCGUCGCCUGCUCCCGCUGCCGCUGCCGCUUCGCUUCCUGCCGCAACGCCGUCGCCAGCGACCACGCCGCCGCCCGCUCCCACGCCUUCACAACCGCCCUCUGCCACUUCGCCGUCACCGUCGGCGACCCCCGCUCCUGGCCAGCUGUCCUCUUCUUCUUCGCUGUCACCGUCGGCGACCCCAGAUCCAGACCAGCCGCCGCCGCCGCCGCCGGACCCCGCGAUGCCCCCGCUUACGGCUCACGCCAUGCGGCAGCUUUCGCCCGGGGAGCUGGGAGGGGCGGAGGCCGGAGAGCCGGGGGGAGCGGGGACCGGAGGGCAGGCGGGAGCACUCGCAGCGGUGGACCCGGGGGAUGGAGGAGCGGGCUUUCCACUCGCAUUUGCCACGCUCCUCGCCAACCGGGAAGACAUCGACGCCACGCUGCGAGACCAGCGCCCGCCGGAGCAACGCCCUGACCUUCCGCAUUGCCAGGCCAGCGACCUUCGUGUCCCCAAGAGCUACAAAGAGGCCAUGGCGUCGGAGCACCGGCACCUUUGGAGCGACUCUAUGCAAAGGGAGUUUUAUGGCUUGUUGGAAGCGGGGACUUUUACUCCGGCGAAGAUGUUGGCUGCUUUGGCGUGCGAGUUGAACCUCGACUUGUGUCAUUUCGAUAUUGAGCAAGCUUUUGUGCGUUCGGAGUUGGAGGAAGACGUGUACAUGCGUUUGCCGCGGGGAUGUGGAGUUCUAUCUGGAAUGAUUGUAACACUAGGCAAGAGUCUGUAUGGCUUGAGACAGGCAUCUAGGCAGUGGCAUGCAAUGCUGAAGAGGUGUUUGGUGGCGUUAGGAUUUGAGCAGUGCAUGGCCGAUGCUUGUGUGUUUCGUUUGAUUGAGGAUGGAUGUGUUGUUUUGAUUUUGGUAGUACAGGUAGAUGACAUUCUUGCUGUGGGAGAGAGGGAGAGAUGUGACAAGUUUGGCGCCGACCUUAACAAGUCCGUGCCAGUGAAGAACCUGGGAGAGUUGAGAUGGUAUUCUGGGUGCUUUUACGAGAGGAACAAGGGGACCGAAUAUGGAGUAGUUGGAGGUAAGAGCGUUCCGAUGUCUUCGGGGGUGAAGCUUUCUGAUUUUGAUGCGGAUGAGGUGGCGACAGACUUUCCGUUUCGUGAGCUGGUAGGAUCGUUGAUGUGGCUGGCGACUCAGACUAGGCCAGACAUUGCGAAUGCAGGGUGCGCUGAUGCGGACUUUGCAAGCAAGGCAGCAGACCGUAGGUCGGUACCAGGGGGGAUCGUGACGUGUGGAGGAGGCGCUGUGUCUUGGCUUUCCAGAACGCAGAAAUGUGUCACGCUUUCGUCCACCGAAGCAGAGUACGUCGCGCUAGGUGACCUAGUGAAGGAGAUUUUGUUUUUGAGGCAGAUUUGGCGUUUCAUGUUGCCGCAGGUCGGCAUGCCGUGCAUCCCCAUCUUCGAGGACAACCAGGGGGCGAUUCAACUAGCGCAGAACCCCAUCUCAAACUCGAACUCGAAGCACAUAGAUGCACCAUUUUCUCAGGGAACUGACUUUCUUACGAAGAGUUUGUCGAAGGAUGCUUUCGAGUUUCACCGUGAUUUUGUGAUGAAUUUGGCAUGA